UGAGUGAACCUCUCCAGGAUGUAUGCUGUUUACAGACAAGCACACACUCCCACUGCGGUGGAGUUUUCUGUCUACUGCAACUUCAUAUCCAGCAAGGAGAAGAAUUUGGUCGUUGCUGGAACAUCUCAGCUGUAUGUCUACAGGAUUAUCCAUGAUGUCGAGAGUACAUCAAAGACCGACAAGUCUUCAGAUGCCAAACCUCGUAAGGAGAAGCUGGAGCAGGUGGCAUCCUUUUCUCUCUUCGGAAAUAUUAUGUCCAUGGCCAGCGUACAGCUUGUCGGAGCCAACAGAGAUGCACUACUGCUCAGUUUUAAAGAUGCCAAGUUGUCAGUAGUGGAGUAUGACCCCGGGACACAUGACCUCAAGUCUCUGUCUCUGCAUUACUUUGAAGAACCGGAGCUCAGAGAUGGUUUUGUGCAGAAUGUACAUAUUCCCAUCGUCCGGGUAGAUCCGGAGAAUCGCUGCGCUGUAAUGCUCGUCUACGGCACCCAGCUGGUGGUGUUGCCGUUCAGGAAGGACUCUAUCACUGACGAACAGGAGGGCGGAGUUGGAGAAGGUCCUAAAUCCAACUUCCUGCCGAGUUACAUCAUUGACGUCCGUGAGCUGGACGAGAAGCUGCUGAACAUCGUCGACAUGAAGUUCCUCCACGGAUACUACGAGCCGACGCUGCUCAUCCUGUUUGAGCCCAGUCAGACAUGGCCUGGGCGUGUGGCGGUGCGUCAGGACACCUGCAGCAUCGUGGCCAUCUCCCUCAACAUAAUGCAGAAAGUGCAUCCUGUCAUCUGGUCGCUCAGUAAUCUGCCGUUUGACUGCACGCAGGUCAUGCCUGUUCCCAAACCAAUCGGUGGUGUGGUGGUGUUCGCUGUGAAUUCCUUGCUGUAUCUGAACCAGAGUGUUCCUCCUUAUGGAGUUUCUCUCAACUCUCAAACUAAUGGAACCACAGCAUUUCCUCUGCGUGUUCAGGAGGAAGUGAAGAUCUCACUCGACUGCUCUCAGUCUGACUUUAUCGCCUAUGACAAGAUGGUCAUCUCGUUGAAAGGAGGAGAAAUUUACGUGUUGACUCUUAUAACUGACGGCAUGAGGAGUGUCCGCGCUUUCCACUUCGACAAAGCUGCUGCCAGCGUCCUGACAACCUGCAUGGUGACCAUGGAGGCCGGCUACCUUUUCCUGGGUUCCCGCCUCGGAAACUCGCUGCUCUUAAAGUACACCGAAAAACUUCAGGACACGCCACCUGAGGAGGGCAACGAGGAUCAGGACAAAGAGAAGGAUAAAGACAAACCGGAAGAACCACCGAACAAAAAGAAGCGAGUAGAAUCUUCCGCCAACUGGACAGAUGAGGUGGAUGAGAUAGAAGUGUAUGGAAGUGAGGCCCAGUCAGGCACUCAGCUGGCCACCUACUCCUUUGAGGUGUGUGACAGCAUACUGAACAUUGGACCGUGUGUGAACGCCUCCAUGGGGGAACCUGCCUUCUUAUCUGAAGAGUUCCAAAACAAUCCAGAGCCUGACCUGGAGGUGGUGGUUUGCUCCGGAUACGGAAAGAACGGCGCACUGUCCGUCCUUCAGAGAAGCAUCCGACCCCAGGUAGUCACUACGUUUGAGUUGCCAGGAUGCCACGACAUGUGGACGGUCAUCUCCAAUGAAGUCAAAGCUGAAGACAAAAAGGCUGCAAAAAGUGAGGAUUCAGAGGACGGUGCGGACACCGGUGAGGACGGAGAAGAUGGAGAGAAGGAAGAGAAGGAGAAAGAGAAACAACAGGAGGAGGAGAAGAAGACUGAGCCUCCUAUAGAAGACGAUAAGAAGAAACACGGCUUCCUCAUUCUGAGCAGAGAGGAUUCAACCAUGAUCCUGCAGACGGGGCAGGAGAUCAUGGAGCUGGACACCAGUGGUUUUGCUACUCAGGGUCCAACUGUGUUUGCUGGAAACAUCGGUGACAACAAGUACAUCAUCCAAGUCUCUCCCAUGGGUAUUCGACUGCUGGAAGGAGUGACACAGCUCCACUUCAUCCCUGUGGAUUUGGGAUCCCCCAUAGUGCAUUGCUCCGUGGCGGACCCUUACGUCGUCAUCAUGACCGCAGAGGGAGUCGUCACCAUGUUUGCUCUGAAGACCGACUCCUACAUGGGGAAAACUCACAGGCUGUCGCUGCAGAAACCACAGAUCCCCACCCAAUCCCGCGUGGUCACGCUGUGUGCGUACCGAGACGUCAGUGGCAUGUUCACCACGGAAAACAGAGCGAACUUCUCCGUCCAAAAAGAGGACGCCGUCACUGGGAAUCAGUCCGAGGAAGAGACCAUCAUCCAUGACCUCAGUAGCAACUUAGUGGAUGACGAGGAGGAGAUGCUGUACGGAGACUCAAACGCCAGCGCUGCGCAUGGAAGAGAUGAAAUGGGACGCAGCUACGGGAUUCACGGGAUUUAUGGAAGCGACGGGCAAGGAAAAACAGAACCGAGCCACUGGUGCUUCAUCUGCAGGGAGAAUGGAGUGAUGGAG